ACGAAGGAUAACAUCUUUCCCUCUCAUUUCCAAACUCAACUCUCUCUCUAUUUCCCUCUCUUUUACUCUCUCUCUUUCUCUCUCUCUCUCUCUCUCUCUUUCUCUCUCUCUCUCUCUAGCUCAUAGUUAAACCACCUUAAAGAAACUGAAUUCAUUGCCACAGAGGAGAGUCCAAAGAGAGGUGAACUGAUAGCUAGGCAUUCGUGUCCAAGAUCACUCGUGCACCAUGAGAGGGAGAGUGGAAGACCUCGCCAUUGUUGUGAUUGCCCUUGUUCCAAACAACCAUCGACUUCACCCCUCUAGGCCUUGCCUUUGAGGUGUUGUGUGUUGGUGCGCGUGCAAUAGCCUUCUGCUCAUCAGUCGGCCGCACCUCUCUCUCUCUCUCUCUCUCUCUCUCUCUCUCUCUCCCUGUGCUCGCUUCCACAUAUCAGCAAGUCCGGGCAGCCCAUCAAUCCUAUCCCUUGAAUGCGGUUUCUUGGCCUUGUCUUUCUCCACUGUCAGGCUAUAGAAUGCUAAUGCUGCUCUUUUCGUUCAAAAACUUGCAACUCCAGGUAAACUGUCUCGUGUCUACAUCUAAUAUCGCUGAUAUCCAAUUUCAAAUUCUUGAUUUUUCCUCUUAAAAAGUUGUCCGCCCAAGCGAUCGGCCGUGCUUCACCCUCUGCGUCAUUGACCUUGAGUUGCGACUUCCAAUGUCUUCUUGUUCAGUCCCAGCAAAUCAGACUCGGCUGACCCCUCAACCUCAUUCUCGUCUCUCUUAUCCCCUUCUCUGACUUAGAAAAGAGGAAGAGGGAAAAAAGUUGUACUCGUUAAGUUGAUACAGUGUCCACCCCCACAUACAGACAUACUAUAACUGAUUGCCGGACCCUGUUCUACUGGCGGAAGAACAAAAGAAGAAGAAGAAGUGGAGGAGGAGGAAAGAGGCCGGAGACAAGUUUAGUUCUUGCUGCUUGGCACUGUUGCUUCUGGUAGCUAGCGGAGAUGGAGCUAUCCGCUCAUGGCGGGGAGAUUCCAAUCCCAAUCAGCAGCAGCUAUGGAGGUGGUGCUCACAUUGUGCACAGUAGCUCACCCCCAAAUCAUGUGAUGCCAACAGCGACUCUUCCCCCAUCGAACGGCACCACCGCCCUUGAUCAUGACCUGCCCCACCACCAUAAGAGGGUGGUCAAAUACAGGGAGUGCCUCAAGAACCAUGCAGCGGCCAUGGGAGGCAACGCCACGGAUGGCUGCGGGGAGUUCAUGCCCGCCGGCCCGGAGGGUAGCCUUGAUGCCCUCAAAUGCUCGGCCUGCAACUGCCACCGGAAUUUCCAUCGGAAGGAGAUUGAAGGUGAGCUUCCUUCCUCGUGUGACUGCAACUACCAUCUCAAGGGGAGGAAGGUAGGGAAGGGCGUCCUCAUCUCCGCCGCCGAGGCGGCGUACGGGUACCCCACCAACAGCCUCAUCCCAAGGCCGCCCGUCAUAAUGUCCUACAAUUUAGGGGUACCCUCCGAGUCCGAUGAGCACGAAGGUGGCGGGGUUCUGACCAGGGCUCCAGUUGUUAAGAAGAGGUUCAGGACCAAGUUCACUCCGGAGCAGAAGGAGAAGAUGUUGAGCUUCGCGGAGAAGGUGGGUUGGAGGAUACAGAAGCAGGAAGAAGAGGUGGUGCAGCAAUUUUGCCAAGAGAUCGGCGUCAAGAGGCGGGUGCUCAAAGUCUGGAUGCACAACAACAAGCACCAUUUGGCCAAGAAGAAUCCGCCAACGUGAACUACAGCAGAAGCGCCAACCCUCAACUGCCUUUUUUUUUUUUUUUUCCUUCCUCUUCUUUUUUUCCGUUUCGUUUUUCUUAGUCUAGUGUGUGUUUUCUUGUCUGCGAGUUCAUUGUGAAACUAAUGUAGGUUAGGGAACAUUCUUAAAUAACUUCUCUCAGUUCUUAACUUUGUUGCAUACUUAGAGCUUCA